AUGGCUCGCACCAAGCAAACCGCCCGUAAAUCCACCGGAGGCAAAGCCCCGCGCAAACAACUCGCCACCAAAGCCGCCCGCAAAUCCGCCCCAUCCACCGGCGGCGUCAAAAAACCCCACAGAUACCGCCCGGGAACCGUCGCGCUCCGCGAAAUUCGUCGCUACCAAAAAUCGACCGAAUUGUUGAUUCGCAAACUGCCAUUCCAAAGAUUGGUGAGAGAGAUCGCGCAAGACUUCAAAACCGACUUGCGUUUCCAAUCUGCCGCGAUCGGAGCACUUCAAGAAGCAUCCGAGUCGUAUUUGGUCGGACUUUUCGAGGACACCAAUUUGUGCGCAAUUCACGCCAAAAGAGUUACAAUCAUGCCAAAAGACAUGCAACUCGCCAGACGUAUUCGAGGAGAAAGAUCGUAA